CCCCCCGACGCAGUUGCGUUUCCAGACCCCCGCCUGGAGACUUCGCAGGCAUUUGGGUUCAAUCCAAUCCGCAUUACCUUGACCCACUCACUCCACUGUACAUCAGCCGAAGCUGAAUUCUUGUUCGAACUCUCCGCCUCUGAGUUUUAGGAAUGCUGGUCCACAGGGCGCCCAGUUGCCUGUGGUUGGUGGUGCUGUGUCUCCGAAGCUUGCCCACCGCGACCUCAGUCCAGCUGCACAUGAACACCGACACGAUCACUAACAUGACCACGCCUUCUUAUCCUGCGGAGCCGUACUGCUACAACGUCAACGGCGUCUGUUUCAUCUGGGCUUCUCCAUGCUCUGGCGUAGUUUGGUGCGGCGAGCUCAAUGCCCUUUCUACUUAUGACUGGUUCUGCCCUUGGGGGUUGCGCUACGCCACCCAGUCUGAGUGGGAUGCUGCAUACGCCACUCUGGACUCUAACAGAGACACGUUCUUCCAGAAAUGCGCAGCCAGUCAGCUGGACCCGCGGCACGACCACUGCGACUACUACAACACUUUCGUGCGGGAGCCGGACAACUCAUACAACGAGCUGGUCCUGGUGUGCCCCCCAGCGGGCACCGCGACGCCCAGCCCGACGCCCAGCCCGACCGUGGCGGCCGGCUCGCCGACGGCCAGCCCGACGCCCAGCCCGACGUUCGACCCGACGGCGGUCGGAACCGGUGCUUAUCCUGCGGAGCCGUACUGCUACAACGUCAACGGCGUCUGUUUCAUCUGGGCUUCUCCAUGCUCUGGCGUAGUUUGGUGCGGCGAGCUCAAUGCCCUUUCUACUUAUGACUGGUUCUGCCCUUGGGGGUUGCGCUACGCCACCCAGUCUGAGUGGGAUGCUGCAUACGCCACUCUGGACUCUAACAGAGACACGUUCUUCCAGAAAUGCGCAGCCAGUCAGCUGGACCCGCGGCACGACCACUGCGACUACUACAACACUUUCGUGCGGGAGCCGGACAACUCAUACAACGAGCUGGUCCUGGUGUGCCCCCCAGCGGGCACCGCGACGCCCAGCCCGACGCCCAGCCCGACCGUGGCGGCCGGCUCGCCGACGGCCAGCCCGACGCCCAGCCCGACGUUCGACCCGACGGCGGUCGGAACCGGUGCUUAUCCUGCGGAGCCGUACUGCUACAACGUCAACGGCGUCUGUUUCAUCUGGGCUUCUCCAUGCUCUGGCGUAGUUUGGUGCGGCGAGCUCAAUGCCCUUUCUACUUAUGACUGGUUCUGCCCUUGGGGGUUGCGCUACGCCACCCAGUCUGAGUGGGAUGCUGCAUACGCCACUCUGGACUCUAACAGAGACACGUUCUUCCAGAAAUGCGCAGCCAGUCAGCUGGACUCGCGGCACGACCACUGCGACUACUACAACACUUUCGUGCGGGAGCCGGACAACUCAUACAACGAGCUGGUCCUGGUGUGCCCCCCAGCGGGUACCGCGACGCCCAGCCCGACGCCCAGCCCGACCGUGGCGGCCGGCUCGCCGACGGCCAGCCCGACGCCCAGCCCGACGGCCGGCCCGCUCCCGUCGGGCGGGACCUCGGGCGGGACUGGUGGGCCCGGACAGGUGGACCCGUCUGGAAAAGGCGAUCCCCACCUGCAGAACGUCCAUGGUCAGCGGUUCGACUUGAUGAAGCCGGGCAAGCACGUCCUGAUAAACAUCCCUCGCGGACAGCGCGCUGACAGAGCACUUCUUCGCGUGCAGGCCUAUGCGCGCCGACUGGGUGGGUGCGCGGAUAUGUACUUCCAAGAACUGAAUGUUACUGGGUCUUGGGCAGAGUUCCAGCAAGCUGGAGGAUACCACUACACCGUAUCGGACCCAUCUACUAAGAAAGCGGAAUGGCUUGCCUUUGAGCAGGUGGAGCUGAAAGUUGUUCAUGGACGGACGAAGAAGGGUCUCGAGUACUUGAACUUCUACGUCAAGCACCUGAGCAAAACCUCGUUCUCGGUGGGAGGCUUGCUGGGAGAGGACGACCACACGGCAGUGACGAUUCCAUCGAAGGAGUGCUCCCGGCGUGUUGCACUCAUGGAGACGCCAUUGGGAGGCACAGAUGGCCGCGCCGAGUCCUCCGUUGCGGUAGCAAGCCCGUAGGCGACCGCGGCCACGAUCACGCGGCUGUGCAGCAGCCGUCCUCCCAGCCUGGGUGCGCGGGCCUGGGAGUCCCAGGCCCGCGCACCCAACGGGCGGGUGUCGCUGGCACCACGGAGGGUGCCGACCGCAGCCCGCACUGACGGCAGUCUGCACCGACUCUGCUCGGACUCGUGCUCCGACUCUGCAAUAGGAAACAACCAGAUCAGGAGAGA